CCCAUUCUUUCUUGUUCUUUAUUCGUCAUUUUUUAUAAUAUUAUUUUGAAAUAAAAAUGUUGUUUCCUGUAUGUUCUACAACAAACACCGUACGACAAUACCUAUACCAAAAAUGGAGACACUAGAUUGGUUGGUUAUUGGUAAAAGGGAAUUAAAAUAUGAUGAGAAUAUUUGUGACAGAAUAGCGACACAAUUGAGAGAAGCACAUGGCGACAGAGUGGGGACAAAUUGUGAAUGAAAAACGGUGAAAGUCAAAAGACACAGAUUGAUACGUGUCUGUCAUGUCAGUCAACACUGCCAGUUGCAGUCACAAAACUCUGACUCUUCUUUUUCUUUUCAGUAUUUACACACACAAUAACUUUGUCUCUCUUUGAUUAUUGUGCCAACAAUAAAAAAAAGUAAUAAUCCAUUGGAAGAUAACACUUAACACAACACAUUAUUACAAUACAAGAGUCAAGAGCUUCUCUUUGUGGUGGUGGUGUUGAAGAGAGAGAAUGGAGAGUGGGAAUAGGAAGAGAGCAGAGGAUGAAGAAGCAGGGCCAUCAUCAUUGAUCUCUACUGCUUUUAGGGUUGGUGAAAGCCACCAACAACAACUGAAUCAAAAGCCAAUAAGGGAAGUGGAAGAAGAACAAGCAGAGCAAGAAGAAGAUGAUGAUGAACAAAGCUUUGGUGGUGAUCACAAAAAUUGUGGCUUUGUACCUGGUCCUUUACUUUCUCUCAAGGAGCAGAUCGAACGGGAUAAGGAGGACGAAAGCCUAAGAAGGUGGAAGGAGAAGCUGUUGGGUUGUUUGGAAAGCGAUUUAGAUGGCCAAUUGGAUCCUGAAGUGAAAUUUCAUUCCAUUGGAAUUCUCUCUGAGGAUUUUGGUGAAAUUGUUAUCCCCUUAUCUGUGGACGAAAAUCGUAACGGCCGAAAUCUAUUCACUCUCAAGGAGGGAUCUUGCUAUCAGCUUAAGCUAAAAUUUAGUGUUCUACACAACAUUGUGUCUGGCUUGACAUACUCCAACACUGUGUGGAAAGGAGGGCUUCAAGUUGAUCAAAGCAAGGGAAUGUUAGGGACUUUUGCUCCUCAAAAAGAACCAUAUGUCUAUGCCUUGAAGGAGGACACCACUCCAUCAGGUGCACUUGCAAGGGGUGUUUACUCUGCCAAACUUAAGUUUGAAGAUGACGACAAAAGGUGUCACAUGGAGCUCAAAUAUUUGUUCGAGAUAAAAAGGAGAAGCUAGCCCUGGUUUUAUUUUAAUGACACGUUUUGUUAUGCAUAUUUGUAUCUUCAGCUCCAAAUCCUUAGUUAUAUUUUUCUUUUCUUUGUUGAUGAUGCUACAGGUUUAUAUUUGCUUGCUAAUAGUCAAAAGAGGGAUGAACUCCAUUGUGAUGGCAUAUCUUUAACAACUAGAAAAUAAUUAUAAUGGA